CUUUAAGCCUGAUACUGCUUACCUGAAGUACACACUUCAAGAUGGAAAAACCUUCUUUAAUAACUUGAGGGCGCGAAAAACGCGGGGUCGCCAGCGAGAAUUGGCGGCUCCCACUAAAACCCUGCCAGAAGCCGCCUGGCAAUCCGCACGGGCAGCGGCGGCGAGCGGGCGGAGCCCGGCCCGGCCCCGCCCGUGGCGGCGGCGGCGGCAGCGCUCGGGCCGGGCGUUAACAGCGCGCUCCGCCCCGGGGCCGCCUCCGCGAGGCGGAGCGGAACGGAGCGGAGUGGAGCGGAGCCGAGCCGCCUCCCGGCUGCUCUCGGCAUGGAGGACCCGCACCGGGCCGCCCGGCUGGCCGCCUCCUGCCUCCGCACGCCGCUCGACCCGCGCACACGGGCGCCCGCCGCGCUCUACGAGCGGGGCCCGCCGCCCGCCGCCGCGCAGGAUGGCUUCGACUUGGAUUCCAGUACCAAGAGAGAGCAGGCCUCCCCUCCGAAGAGAGACUGUGACAGGUGGAUAGACUUUUCCAAAAUGUACAAUUCAAAUCAGGAGUAUUACUUGAAGCUGGAAGAGCUGAAGAAUGCCCACAUGGAGACCAUGGCAAAACUGGAAAGUAUGUAUCAGAACAAACUGUGUUUAAAAGGAGUACAAGCCUUGGAUAAGAGAAGUGACACCUCUCCAAAGUGCUCCAGGCCAACUUGGGACAAGAGUUCCCAUCAGCCUCUUAACCUGCACAAAUCCUUUUCAGACUCAGACUUAAGCAAUCCCUUGGGCUCCAGCGUAUCGGACGUGUCUGAUGAAGAAUUAGUGUUUGAGGAGAAUGGCAGCGAAGCUGGAUCAUCCUCGUUUGCUAAACAGCAGAUUGAAAAAAUGUGGGAUGGCUUCUGCCUGGAAGACUACAUGUCCCGUGCCAAGCACAGCCUGCCCAGCUCGCCAGCCUGCAGGAAAGCCAAAGUGAAAGCGUGGUCCCCCAGAGUCACCGUGCCCAAGCCCUUCCAGAUGACCAUCAGAGAAGCUCAGAAGAAAGAGCAGAACGUCAAAUCCAAGUCACAGAUUGAGCUGGAAAACCACUUGCUGAAGAAGCAGCUGGAGGAGGAAGCAGAGUGUCAGAAAAAGUUCCGAGCCAACCCCGUGCCCGCCACCGUGUUCCUGCCGCUCUACCAGGACAUCGUGCAGCGGAACGAGGAGCGCAGGAGGUCUGUGAGGGACAGGAGCAAGCUCAAGCUCCUGGCCACCCAAAAGCCCUUUAAAUUCAUUGAGCGGGAGAGGCAAAGGCAUGAAGCCAGGAAAAUGCAGUUGAAAGACCUUUCCCCACCUGAAAAUAAAACCAAAGUGUUCAGGGCGAAACCAGUCCCCAGAUGUGUUUAUAGUCCAGAUUUCCAUGACAAGGUAAAGGAGGAGGAGCUCUGCAGGGAAAUCAGGAUCAGGAUGAGAGCUGAGGAGCUGCUACAGAAUUCAUCUGUACCCAACAGCAGACUGGCCUCAAAAGGGACCAACAAAAAGAAGAAACACAAGAGCACUGAACCAAAGCAAAUGGAGCACAAACUCAAGAUCAAAUCGAGCGUUCCCGAUUUUGAACUCCUUCAUGAGAAAUUCCAGAAACGCCUCCUGCAACAAAAAAAAGUGAGACCCCUCACAGUGUGUGAGCCUUUUGACCUUUGUACUUCAUACAUUCCCUCAAACAAGGACAAGAUCUUGAAGGACAUGCAAGAGGAUGAGGAGAAAUUGAAGGAAACACGGUGGCCGUUUGCCUCUCCGAGAAGGAAGCCUCAGAUGGGGCAGUCAGGGGUAAAGCCACCUCUCCUGGGAGAAGGAAAACCCAAAGCUCCCAAAACCACAGAAUCCACCAGACGACGGCUGCAAGCCCUAAGGAACAACGAGAAGCAGAGAAGGCAGGAAUAUUUGCAAGAAUUGCAAGAAAUGGAAGAAAGAGUAAAACAAAUGCCACUUCUUUUUGAAAGAGUCACUCAGAAAAAUGCCAGAAUAGCUGCAGAAAAGUAUUAUUCAAACAGACUGAGAGCACUGGGGAUCUGCCCAGAGUUUGUUUCACAGAAAGGAGGAGCAGCCAAAUCACUGCAGUUCCCCACUGCUGGAGGUGUCACCCCCAAUGCUGGCAGAGCAAGAAUCACCAAGGUUAAAAUGAAAAAGAUGGAUUUGUUUGAGGAAGCAGCUGGUGGCAGUCCCCAGUCUGAGCAGUCCUGGGAGGAGGAGGAGGAAGAGGAGGGAAAAGGUGCCAAAACCUCCACCCCAGAUGAGCAGUGCAGUGACCUGGAGGGUGGGGGUGAGGCCAGAGCCAGCCCUGGUGCCCUUGAGCCUCAAUCCAGCUGGCACAGUGACCAGGAGGAGGAGGGAGAGGAAGCAAAAGCAGGCUCAUCUCUGGACCAUUCCCAGGAGGAGGAAGAGGAGGAGGAAGCCAAGGCAGGCCCAUCCCAUGGCCAUUCCCAGGAGGAGGAAGAGGAGGAGGAAGCCAAGGCAGGCCCAGCUCUGGACCAUUCCCAGGAGGAGGAAGAGGAGGAGGAAGCCAAGGCAGGCCCAUCCCGUGGCCAUUCCCAGGAGGAGGAAGAGGAGGAUGAGUGCAGAGCCAGGUCAGAUGGGUCCCGUGAAGAGGAAGCCCAGUCUGACCCUGAAGCUGAGGGUGCUUUCCAGUAUGAGGAUGAGGAGUAUGAGAGUGAUGAUUCUGAGGAGAAGGCCAGUGAAGAGGAAGGGCACUGAGGAAGGGCUGGGGCUCAGGAACCUCUUCCACUGCUGGCUGUGCUUUUUGAAGCAUUUUUUGUUUUUACAAUAUUGCUUCCUCCAGAAACCAUCCCCUCCUGUCCAGAGAUAUCACAACACCAAGCAGAUUAUGUUCUCUUUUCCUUUCAGGAAGAAAUUAUUACAUCAUUACCUUUUACAGCAGCUCCAGAUGAAGAGAAUAACAAAACUCUUGAAGAAAAUGUUCAAAUUCUUGAAGGAAAUGUUUAAAGGCAUCCCUGGUUUGGAAUUCAUCUGGUCUCAUGUAGAAUCCUCAAGGCUUCUCUAAUGGCAGCAAGUAAAACAUUUGCCUGAGCUUGGCAGAUAAUAGGCACUCCAAAGAUCAAGAUAUAUUGUUAAAAAUUAUAUCAGACACCAGAGAAGAACUUGGUGCUUUGCUACACAUGCAAAAUUCUGUGAAUUUGUACCUCUCAGUUUAGGAGACCUGCCAGUGCAGGAAUUCUGUUUGUUUUCCAGUAAGAAAGCUCAAGCUGCUAUUUCUCCCCAAGAAAACAAUUUACUUUUGUAUUACUGUUCUUUGUUGCACUCUCUUGUGACGUUGGUGCACCUCUGUUCCUAAAGUGAGCUGCAGCCUCACUGUUCAUUAAUAAUAAAUAAUGAAUUACAGGGUGCUGUGCAGCUGCUGAGGCUCCAGUCCAGCUCUUCCCGUGGGCUGGCAAAGCCAGGGCAGAUUGUGGAGCAGCAAUUGCCAUUUUGUCCCUGGAAAAGGGCAUCUUUUUACCUCAGGUAACUCCAGCUGUAUGAAACCAUGCAAGGGAGUGCUUUAAUACCUCUUCUUACACACUGGCUGCUCAGGACUUCAGCUACUCCACAAAAAACUCUCCAAAAAAAUAUUUGGGAUUUGGAUUUUUUCUUACCUCAGUACUACCUUCCCCUACUAUUGCUGACUUUCUUGCUAAAAAAUCUGUCAUUAUUUUCUCCUCCUUAUUUUGUUACACUGUUUCUGUGUGUUUGGAAGUUUUUUAAGCAUUCUUACUUUUAUUUAUUUUCCAAGUGUGAACAUAACUAAUGUGAAUUUGAAGCUUUUUUAAAACUUGAAUAAAGUAUCUGUGAAAUUAUUAA